AUGCUGACAAUCAUGCCUUCGCUUAUACUUACAACGGACGAACGUAUCCGCGCCGUAGAGGCUAUCAUUGAUUAUGAAUUUGUGGACAAAACCCACCUUGAAAAGGCACUUGCAGCUGCCGGGGCCACUACGGCCCCUGAGGGGAAUAAACCUGGCGCACUCCUUGGAGACGGGCUACUUAGACUUGUCAUUGAUAAAGACAGUUUAGAAUUAGGAUACUCCACUGGGCAAAUGACGAAGCGUCAUGAUACUCUGGGCUCAAAUGGAAACCUCAGUCAAAUUGGUCACCAGCUGGGUCUGAGACCAUACAUCAGACUGAACCCCUCAGCACAAGGCUUUUUGCCUGACAAAUUGUUGGCAACUACGGUGGAGGCCAUCAUUUACGCUGUCUUUCUCGACAGCAAUGAAGACAUCCCACGUACAAGUCAAUUGAUUGUCCAUAUGGGCAUUUUGGAGCAUUAA